AUGCAGAGUGGCAACCCAUUUCGUCUCUAUAUCACUCUGCACGAACGCGGCGCAUCGUCCGCUUUCCAUUGGGCGAUACUGCUCGCACCAAAGGAGGAGAGCAAGGACCCACAAGACAAAGAUUGCUACGCCUUUCACGCCGUUAAUAUCGCCGACCAUCAAUACCCGCGAGGCCCACAGGGUCAGCUUACAUGGCGCUAUCAUUCGAUGCGUACGAGUCCUCGGGCGAGCAAGAGAAUGGUGGCCCGGAUAUUGGUCACCGAGCAAUCAUGCACUACGUCGUUGCACAGAGUACAGGACUUCAUAAACAGGCUAGUGGGCGACUUGCCUAUCAAGACAGACGAGAGCGGAGCCAGCAAGACUUGGGUUUUUGACGCCUUGGAUGAAUUGCGCAGCAAAUGGGCUGAUAUCCCGAGGGUCACCUCUGACUUGGAAUCCCAAAUCAUAGCUAAGGCUGAGGAAGCUCGACGAUCCGGUGUCGAGGCCACAAACGCCCCCAUUUACGAGAUUCUGGAUGGCUUUACAUUGCAGGAGCUGGUAUGCGGAUGCUAA